AUGACGUUGGGGAUCGAUGAGUUACCCGACGAUGUGUUACUCAAGCUUCUUGGACACUGUGAACUAGACGAUGUACUUGCUUUUUGUGCGACAUGUAAAGGGCUCAGAGCAUUGCUCGACCAACCGACCGUAUGGAUCUACGCACUCCGGCGUACAAGACAAUCCAUACCAUUAGCCUGUCCUUUCCAUGCUGACCUCUCGGCCUACUCUCUACCUGAGCUUAAACGGAUUGCGCACCAAACUCUUCGUCGAAUGCGUAACUGGCGUCUGCCGAAGCCCAAGCUCUAUGGUACCCCUCGCAAAGCCCGACUGGAGGCCCCUAAGCAAGACAUCAUAUUCCAGGUGCCCGGGACGGCUCUGUAUCUGUUGCACUCGAGGACGACAGGGAUUGUAACGUGCUGGGAUGCUGGACAAGAGAAGACAGUAUGUCCUUCGAUUAGCGUUGCGGAGGUGAUCUUGGAUGUUACCCCUGGACGGGACGAGCCUGGCUGUUUCACGAUGGGGUUGUUGACGAGACAAUCCCAUUUCGGACACGACGAAUACCUUAUCAUCGUUAGUUUGCACCACCAGUCGGACGGACAUGUUUCCCUCUCUGUAGACUUCAAAGAAGCAGUGUAUCCCUUUGGGUGGCAUUCGUUUGCCACUUUCUGGACGCAGGAGAUUAUCGGAGUGCUUGUUCAGUCGGGGAAUGGGAAUGACGGCUUGCAUAUUCUCGUAUACGAGAUCAAGAGUAAGAGACGCAAGUUGAUCGCGACUGAUAUUCCUGGGACCAACGCGACAAUCCAUCAAUCUGGAACGACGACCGUGAAAGACGACCUCUUCAUCAUCGAGGAAGAUGGGCAAUCUAACGUCUACCGUGUCCCAGGCUCAAUUCUGUCCUUCAACAGUACGGACCAUGAACCUUCAGUGCUACCAGCGCCAGGCCAUGAAACAUCCGACUCGACUCAGUCAACAUACAAAAUCCAACUCCUCAAAGACCGCAGGACAUUCGAAUGGGACUGUGGAGAGGGAGAUCCAUUCCCGUUAGGGGCUCUCUCAAGUGCAUGUCAUUACGGUGUGCCAGCGCUCUCGAUCCAAGCGGUUGUCAACCAGAUACGAACCAGAUCAUUGAGGGACGAGGAGAGCAUGGAUGAGGACGACGAAGAGGAAGACACAGUCAGCCUACGUGAAUCCAUAUACGUUAAGUUUUGGACCGUCGAAGUGGAUGAAGGUUGGUCAGAAGGGAAAGUGUCGACGAGACCGAAGGCUCAGCAUCUUAAACCACGCCAUGCUCUCGGCAUUCAAGGAGAACUGGUCGUUCCAACAGACGCAACAUGGCAGUUACUCAUACUAGCCCAUUCAGGGAGGGGGGCGAUCAUGCUGAUCGACGUUGGGGACAAAGCGGUUUUGCAGCUGGCGACUUUUCAUGAAGACGGGUGCACAACGCACCAGUUGGAAGUCCCAGACGAUCUUGACUUGUGGUGCACGUAUGGGCUUACAAUAGAUGAUCAUCGUGGUGUAGUUGCUAUUCUGGAUAACCAUUCAUGUUUGUACGAGCUGCCGUAUGCAUAG